CUUUUAUGAAUACUUGUGAACCUGAGCAACUUCCAAGCCUUUGAUUCCUUCUCACACAUUUGGCAUUUCAACUUCAACCACUACUGCUUUCUGCUCUCUUGUGAUCUAAUCUAUCUUUCACUGUUUUCUUUCGCUUACCAAGAAGAAAUGGCCGAAGCAAUCCUGUAUGGCGUUGCGCAGACGAUCAUUGAAAAUUUGGGCUCUAUGGUUUUCGCAGAGAUUGGAUCCAUGUGGGGUGUCGAAGAUGAGUUCGAAAAAUUGAAGGAUACUGUUUCCGCUGUUCAAGCUGUACUUCUGGAUGCUGAGGAGCAGCAGGUCAAGAACUAUCAAGUCAAGCACUGGCUCGUGAGGCUCAGGGACGCAGUCUAUGAUGCGGAUGACUUGCUGACCGAAUUCUACACUGAAGAUAUGCGUCUAAGGGUGAUAGGGGAUGAUGAAAUGACAAAGACGGUACGUACUUAUCAGUCUAAUCCUAUUACUGCUUUCUUUACAAGUUCAAGCCAACUUCCUUUUUGUCAUGAUAUGGCUAAAAAAAUAACAGCGAUGAGGGAGAGAUUUGAUGCAAUAGCAAAUGAUAUGAAUAAGUUUCAGUUUGUAGUACAUCCAUCAGAAACAAGGGUCGUGACUAGGGAAAGGGGUCAAACUUGCUCAUUUGUAUGUGAAGAAGAAGUUAUAGGGAGAGAAGAGGAUAAGAAGGCCAUUAUAGAUCUAUUAUUGGACUAUGAUGUGCAAGAGAAUGUUUCGUUUAUAUCCAUAGUGGGGAUUGGGGGGCUGGGGAAGACCACACUUGCUCAAUAUGUAUUCAACGAUGAGAAAGUGAAGAAUUAUUUUGACUUGCGCAUGUGGGUGUCUGUCUCUGAUGUCUUUGAUGUAAAAACAAUUGCUGAAAAGAUAAUUAGAUGUGCAGAUGUUUCGAAACAUGAAAACCUUGACAUGGAGCAAGUACAAAAUAAACUUCGUGAAACACUCAACCAAAAGAAGUAUUUACUUGUGUUGGAUGAUGUGUGGAACGAGGAUGAGGAAAAGUGGUGUAAUUUGAAAAGACUUUUGAUACGUGGCUCAAAGGGAAGUAAGGUGGUGAUAACAACACGGACUAAAUUGGUUGCAGCGAUUACUAGCACAAUCUUACCGUCGUAUCAUCUAAAAGGCCUCUCGGAAAACCAAUCUUGGUCUCUAUUUAAGCAAAUGGCAUUUAGAAAAGUGCAAGAGAUGAUUAAUCCUAAUCUUGAAGCAAUUGGAAGGGAUAUUGUACAAAAAUGUUGUGGAGUGCCUCUUGCUAUUAAGGCAAUAGGCAGAAUAUUAUUCUUCAAAAAGACAGAGGAUGAAUGGUUAUAUAUCAAGAAUAAAGAACUUACAAAUGUAACUCAAGAAGAAAAUAAUAGUGGUAUUUUACCGAUUCUAAAAUUGAGUUAUGAUCAUCUCCCAUCACAUUUAAAGUGUUGUUUCGCUUAUUGUUCAUUAUUUCCUAAAGAUCAUGAGAUUUCAAAGUUUUCAUUGAUAAAUCUAUGGAUAGCACAAGGAUUUAUCCAAUUAUCAAACGAAAAGCUACAUAUGGAGGAUGUUGCUAAUGAUUACUGUAUGGAUCUACUUUGGAGGUCCUUCUUCCAAGAAGCUAGAGAAGAUAGUUUUGGGAAUGUAAUUAGUUUUAAAAUGCAUGAUUUAAUCCAUGAUCUUGCACAAUCAAUCUCAAGAGUUGAGUGCACAUAUAUUGAUUCAAAUAUAGAAAAUGUCAAAAAGAAUGUUCGUCACCUAUCAAUUGCAUCUCACAAUGUGCUUAAGAAGGAUUUAAGCUCAUUAUUCAAAGCAAAGAAGAUACGCACGUUGAUUUUAAUAACUGGUGAGAAAGAAUCAAGUUGUCAAAAACCACCUCUUGAAAUACUUUUUUCUAGUUUAAGAUGCUUGCGUGCAUUAAGCCUACGUGGCUCAGAUAUUAUUUACGUGCCAAAUUCCAUAGAAGAGUUGACAUAUUUAAAGUAUCUUGAUCUUUCUAGGAAUAAAAUUAGAGUUCUCCCUAUUUCUAUUACUAGAUUGUUGAAUUUGCAAACAUUAAACCUUAGUUAUUGUGGUAAGCUUAAAGAACUACCGGGAAACGUUCAAAAUUUGUUCAACCUCCGGAAUCUUGAGUUAGAAGGUUGUGACAGUUUGACUUACAUGCCACCUGGAUUAGGACAGUUGACUUCUCUUCAAGUAUUACCGUUGUUUAUUGUAAACGAGGGACUUACUUGCGGUGGUCUUCCGGAAUUGAACAAGCUAAAUAACUUGAGAGGAGAACUAAGAAUAGAAAUUAAGGUACGGGUGGAAGAUGCCACCUCUAAAGCCAAGGCUGCGAAUUUGAAGGACAAGCAGCAUCUUAGAAAAUUGGUAUUAAUAUGGGAUGAGGAGCUGGGUAACGAUGUCGCAGGUGUUUGUGAAGAUGAAAAUUUAAUGGAAGGUCUCCAGCCACACCGGAAUUUAAAAAAGUUGAAGGUGGAAGGGUACCAGGGUGUGAGAUUUCCGAGUUGGCUUCGUUCUCUGACUGGUCUUGUGAUGUUAAAAAUAUCAAAUUCGAUGUGCCAAUAUCUAUCGCCAAUGUAUCAACUCCCAAAUCUCCGAGAUCUAUCUCUAGAACAUAUGGAUGGCCUGGAAUACAUAUCAGACCGGGAAAUCACUGAAGGGAUCUCUGCUUCAUCAACAUUUUUCCCAUCCCUAGAGUCACUCAAAUUGCAGAAUUGCCCUAAUCUAAAGGGAUGGUGGAGGAGGGCUACAGUGGGUGUGGCAACAUCAAGUCAACAAUACCAGCAGCAUGUAUCUUUUCCUCGUCUUUUACAGUUGGAAAUUAGGGGUUGCAAAAACCUGACUUGCAUGCCGUUGUUUCCAAAUCUUGAAAAACCGCUACGACUGACAGAAUGCAGUUGCAAUCCAUUGCAACAAACAAUGAAUAUGAAAGCAAUCUCUUUGGUUCCCUCUGCUUCGAACUCCUCCCCUCCUCUCUCCAAAUUAAAGAUUCUAUCUUUGUCUGGGAUUGAGGACAUAGAGUUUCUGCCAGAGCAGUGGUUGCAAAACCUGGCUUCUCUCGAGGAGCUACGGAUAGAGAAAUGCGAUAGACUAAAAUCUCUAUCUCUGUCUCUAUUUAUGCAACAUCUCACCUCCCUCAAGACGCUGUUUAUUAGCGAGUGCAAGGAGGUUGAUCUAUUCUGUGAUGAAGACACACAAUCUGUUGGUGUCAGUCCUCAAAUUACGGUACUUGAAAACCUUAAAAUUUUUAGUUGCUUCAAUCUCAUAUCACUCCCCGAAGGGAUUGGCAACCUUACUGCACUUCAGAAUCUUAGAAUUUUCGAUUUGCCCUGUCUGGUAUCACUCCCCGAAGGGAUUGGCAACCUUACUGCACUUCAGGAUCUUGCAAUUUCCGAUUUGCCCUGUCUGGUAUCACUCCCCGAAGGGAUUGGCAACCUUACUGCACUUCAGAAUCUUCAAAUUUCCAAUUUGCCCUGUCUGGUAUCACUCCCCGAAGGGAUUGGCAACCUUACUGCACUUCCGAAUCUUGAAAUUUCCGAUUUGCCCUGUCUGGUAUCACUCCCAGAAGGGAUUGGCAACCUUACUGCACUUCAGGAUCUUGAAAUUUCCGAUUUGCCCUGUCUGGUAUCACUCCCCGAAGGGAUUGGCAACCUUACUGCACUUCAGAAUCUUGAAAUUUCCGAUUUGCCCUGUCUGAUAUCACUCCCCGAAGGGAUUAGAAGUCUCACAUCACUCAAAAGAUUUCACGUCCGUUCAUGCGCCAAUCUGACAUCGCUUCCAUCAGGAAUGCAUCGGCUCUCCUCUUUAGAAACCCUGAUAAUCAGUAAGUGUCCCCACUUGAAAGAAAGAUACCAGAAGGGAAUUGGCGAGAUUGCUCAUGUCCCAUAUUUUCAAUAUUAUGAUGAUUAAAUUCUUGUUCGGCAACCAAUAUCCUUCGGCUUCUUCGGAUUUAUUCAAAGCACUGUACAAACAACUGAAAGGAUGCAAAGGAAACAUGGGACGAUAGCCUAAAAUUGCUCACUGAUGAACCCAAUUCUUGGUGGAAAUAGGUGUGGACUACUCCAAUACUGCUCAAUUAUCCAUGAGAUUUGAAUUGAUUUUUGAAGGAUCAUACACUCCACUAUUUCUAAAGAUAUGAGACAAGGUUUGAACUCUAAAUUAGCUAGAGUCGGUGUUUCUUCAAAAAAGAUUUAGUUAAUCAAAAUACAAAUCCUCAAUUUGCACGCAAGAUGCUACGGAUGUUAGUCUACCAUACCAAUACCUUUUUAAGGAUAGCUUCAGUUUUUGUCAAUUGCUAGUUGCUACGUGGGAUGUUCUAUGCCUACCCUUGGAGCAUCAAUUUUUUUCUUCAUACCAGAAUAUUACAGGGGAAAUUUGGAGUGCCCUAGAAAGAAAUGUUGUUGCAUUGGGGAAAUAAUUUGGCAAGGAAAAACUGAACACCUAUGCUUUCUCAUAACCUGGCUUCUCUCUAGAAUCUCUGGAUUCAGAAAUGCCGUAAACUAAAAUCCUUGUCCAUGUCUCUAUCCAUACAACAUCUCACCUCCCUUAAGUCGCUAGAGAUUAGGGGCUGCAAGGAGAUUGAUCUAUUUAGUGAUGAUGGCACGCAAUGUGUUAGUGUUAUCACUCUGCAAAGCCUUAUAAUUUCAAAAGUUCCCUGCUUGAUUACAUUACAUCACUUCAAAUACAACCAAUAUGCUUCUGCUUCUUUGGAUAGAUAUUUUCAAAGCACUAUACAAACAACUGAAAGGGUGCAAAGGAGUCAUGGGAGGAUUGCCUAAAAUUGCUCACGUGGAUGAACCCGAUUCUUCAAAUUUUCAGGGUGUGAUAAGGAAUUCCCCCACUUCGAUGAAGGAUUCACAGGCCCAGAUUAUGCAAACUGUGUUCUAUUCAAUACAGAAAAUUGGAUUUUGAAGAAUUUUGUGCGGCUGCCUUAAGUUUGCAUUAGCUGGAAGGAAUGGAGUGCUGGGAACAACACGCAAGGCAUGCCUAUGAGCUGUUUGAGAAGGAUGUCAACAAGCCAAUUAUGUUUGAAGGAACUUGCCUUUGUAUUCUCGUCAGUUUCAAAUGGAAAAUUGAUUUUGGUUUCUUUUUAAUGUUUGAAGAUAAAGUUUAAUGAUAUGUGCACGUUUAAACUUUAAUGUUUUCAUAUUAUUGUUAUUUGCAAUCAAAGUCGUAUUAUCCAGUCAGUCUUUUCUUUUUUGAUAGGUAACGAAAAAAUUUUAAUAAGAAAAAACUAGCCAACCCAAGUACAUUGGGGAUGUACUGUGGGGGCAAAAAUCAAGAUCCAAAAUUACAAUGAUCAAGUCAGUCAUACACUCGUACUACAAAUUCAAUGUAAACUCCAUCAAAAGAAGGGUUUGUCUUCUUUAACUCUGUCCUACUGUGCUUCUUUUAAACGAUCCCACCCAUUGACAAACUCCAUCUGCCUAUACUAAUAGUUGUAGAACUUCAAGUUCUCAACUUUAUUUUUUUCCCUAAUUGUAAACCAACCUCCUCUCAUCUCUAUUAACUACCCUCCUUAUAAUUCUAAUCAUCACUGCACAUAAAGUAUCUCAAAAUCAAGUUGGUUAGGUGAUAUACUUGGUUUAUUUAUUGGUUAGGUGCAUGAACAAAUUCGAAAGUCACACUUGCUGAUAUUGAAGUAACACUGUGUUCUUACGUUAUUUCAAAAAGUAAUCAGAUAUGAGACAAGGUCAGAAUUCUAAACUAGACAAGAGCAGUGUUUUCUACCAAAAAAAAAAAACUGAUGCUACAAAUGUCACAAGUUUCAUCUUCUACCAGUGCCUUCUUGAGGAUAUCUUCAACUUUAGGGUAACUGUUCUACUUCUACUUGGGAUGUUCUACCAGUAUUUCGUUCAUAUCAAAAUAUUGAAAGGAGCAAGUGCCCCUUGUAGAAAAUAUUGUUACAUUGAGGAAAUAAUUUGGCAAGGAAGAAUUGCACACCAAAGCUUUCUCAGAACAAUGUUCUCUAGAAGAAGUCAUUCAGAACUCAGCAAAAGAUGACAUUUCCAUAUUGCCCUCAAAAUUUGAAAUCAGUCUUCAUUGAUUAACUAGAGCAUUGGAGAAAGGUUCAAUGUUCUCAAACCACUCCCCGAAGGGAUUGGCAACCUUACUGCACUUCAAAUACUUGAAAUUCGUGACUGCAACUUUCUCAGAUCACUCCCCAACGGGAUUGGCAACCUUACUGCACUUCAAAUACUUGCAAUUUGCAAAUGUCCCUUUCUCAGAUCACUCCCCGAAAGGAUUGGCAACCUUACUGCACUUCAAAAACUUGAAAUUUUCUAUUGGCCCAAUCUGAUAUCACUCCCCGAAGGGAUUGGAAGUCUCACAUCACUCGAAAAAUUUGAAGUCCGUUCAUGCCACAAUCUGACAUCACUUCCAUUAGGAAUGCAUCAGCUCUCCUUUUUACAAACCCUGAUAAUCACUGACUGUCCCCACCUGAAAGAAAGAUACCAGAAGGGAAUUGGCGAGAUUGCUCAUGUCUCAGAUUUUCAAUAUCGUGAUUCUUAUUAUUUUUAAGGAUUAAAUUCUUGUUCGGCAACCAAUAUCCAUCGGCUUCUUUGGAUUUAUUCAAAGCACUGUACAGACAACUGAAAGAAUGGCAAGGAAACAUGGGACAAUUGCCAAAAAUUGCUCACUGAUGAACCCAAUGGGUAACCCAAUUCUUGGUGCAUAAAUUGAUUGGAAAGUCCCACUUGCUGAUAUUGGAUUGAUAUUGUUGGGGAAGACCAACUUGGAUAACUAUGCAAAAGCAGCUUCAUGCCAGGUGGAAAUAAGUGUGGACUACUCCAAUACUGCUCAAUUAUCCAUGAGAUUUGAAUUGAUUUUUGAAGGAUCGUACACUCCACUAUUUCUAAAGAUAUGAGACAAGGCCAGAAUUCUAAAUCAGCUAGAGUUGGUGUUUCCUCAAAAAAGGCUGCACUAUACAAACAACUGAAAGGGAGCAAAGGAAUCAUGGGAGGAUUGCCUAAAAUUGCUCACGUGGAUGAACCCAAUUCUUCAAAUUUUCAGGUAUGAGUAGUCCCAAUUCUUUCUUUUCUUUGGGUCUUUCUACUAAAAGACAUUUGCAUUUAUAUAUAAGGAAUUAAACCCAAUAGGAAAGGGGGCAUGCUACUGGUACCACUGCUCUCAUAUGCAAAAGCAAUUGAAUCAUCCAAAAAUUCCCAAUGUUGUACUUUUGCUUGUUUAAAAACUUUUGGGCUCUGCAAUUGUGCAAAUAGUCAACAACUAGGUGGAAAAGGUGGGAACUACUCCAACAAUGCUCAAUUAUCCUUGAGAUUGGAAUUGAGUUUUGGAGGAUCAUACAAUCCACUGUUUCUAAAGAUGUGAGACAAGAUUGGAAUUCUAAAAUAGCUGGAGUUGGUUUUCCCUCAAAAAAGGCUGAUUUAGUUAAUAAAAAUAAAAAUCUUUUUGAGGAUAGCUUCAGUUUUAGGCAACUCCUACUUGGGAUGUUCUACACUACCUAAUGGAGCAUCAGGUUUUUUUAUUAAAAUCAGAAUACUACAUAGGUGUGAUAAGGAAUUCCCCUUAAUUGAUGAAGGAUUCACAGGCCCUAGAUUAUGCAAACCAUGUUCUAUUCAAUACAGAAAAUUGGAUUUUGAAGAAUUUUGUGUAGCUGCCAUAAGUUUGCAUCAACUGGAAGGAAUGGAGAGCUGGGAACAACAUGCAAGGCAUGCCUAUGAGCUGUUUGAGAUGGAUGUCAACAAGCCAAUUAUGUUUGAAGGAACUUGCCUUUGUAUUCUUGUCAGUUUCAAAUGGAUUUUGGGUUAGUCUCCAAUUGAGAUACUUGGAAGUACUUUUAGUUUUCCUGGCCUCAAGUAAUAUGAACAAAAAUGAAGGAUCUUUUGCGAUGUCACUAUGUCAGUAUGAUACAUGAAUCGUGAUAAAAUGUGUCAUACUCACUAAUCGCAAGAUGGUACUUAAACAGGUCGGAAAGUCUCACUUGCUGAUAUUGGAGUAACUCUGUGUUGUGAGAUCAUUUAAAAAGUAAUAAGGUGGAAAUAGGUUGGGAUUGCUCUAAUCCAUGAGAUUUGAAUUGAUUUUUGAAAGACCAUACAAUCCAGGAUUUUGAAAGAAAUGAGACAAUGUCAGAAUUCUAAAUCAGACAAGAGCGGUGUUUCUUCGGAAAAAAAAUCUGAUUUUGUUUAAUACAAGAAAUAUUCAAUUUGCAUUCAAGAAUUUGCUAUGAAUGGAACAAGUUUCAUCAUCUACCAGUACCUUUUUGAGGAUAUCUUCAGCUUUAGGGCAUCUGGACAGUAGCUACUUGGGAUAUUCUACCAGUAUCUUCUGGUGCUUCAGUAUUUUGUUUAUAUCAGAAUUUUGAAAGGAUCAAGUGCCCCUAGCAGAAAAUAUUGUUACAUUGAGGAAAUAAUUUGGCAAGGAAGAUGAUACAAACACAUGGGUAGAACUCGCCCUUGAGAUCUGGCUUGCAAGUGGAGGCUACCCAAGAGUUUAGAUACACACUUAUAAGUUUACACUUCAUCCAUAUUAGACACUAGGAUCAUAAUAGAAGAACUGCACGCCAAAGCUUUCUCACAACAAUGUUCUCUAGAAGAAGUCAUCUAGACUCAGCAAAAGAUGAGCUUUUGUGUUCAAACAGAUUGUGAGAUUUCCAUUUUGUUAUCAGGAUUUGAAAUCGGUCUCCAUUGGUUAAUUACACCAUUGAUAAAAAGCUUCAAUUUUAUUCUUUUUCCCAAGCGUGUUCCAUUGAUCAACCUGCUUAAUUUGUAUAAUUAAAAUCUUUGAUUCAGUUUUUGUACUCACUUGUCAUUGGGUCUUGAAAUCAAAGUUCAUAUGGAUGUUUGAGAAUAUUUAUGUUAGUCCAUCUGAAUUUUGAAAUAUAUCUUAUGAAAGUUAAGGUGAAAAUUCUGGUAAAGUUCUAUGUGAUGUGGUUUUAGUGUUGCUCGAGUCCUGUUUCUUUGUUUUAGAUCCGUGUAGUCCCUUUUCCCUCUGUUUCUUUUCUAGAAAAUGUGAAGUCAAUAUUAAGACAUGUCAAUGGAAUGAUUUUGUUGCAAGAUCUCUGGCAGUACACCUAAUGGCUGGUUGUGGAUUUCAGUAGUUCUGAGUUAGGUCAAGGCCAACUCUUUAGUUUCCCAACCUGAAUUGCUUUUGUUUCACUGGUAUUCAAUCUCUGAAGCAAAAGGCCUGGAUAAGAUGCCACUUAAAAUGACAAAUAUGUUGUCAGAAUCCCAACGUAUUUAGGUGAUCAUUUACAAGUCUAAAGCUAUUGCUAAUUCAUAUAAAAGUGAUAGAAAGACAAUUUUCUCUCAUAUCUGUUUAUAUUUUGUUUCUUGUGGAUUUCAAGAUUGAAAGACACUAGUCUUGGCAAAUUGACAAUUAGUUUUUCUUGUCUUCAAGUCAUAUGAUGAUAUUAACAGAAACCGAGAGUAUAUUUUCUGAUGUCGGGUAUGUACUGCAAUUGAAUUACAAGAAUUUAAAAAGCUUAUACUGAAGAAGAGGAAUACAAGCUUAUACUAAAAAGUCUUUUCUUUUAGCACUCUCAUUAAUUGGAGGGUGGCUUUGUCUCAUUCUUCUUGUCUUGUCCAUCCUGUUUUACUUGAUCAUUGUAAUUUUGGUUCCUGAUUUGUGCCCCCAUAGUAAAUCCCCAAUGUACCCAGGUUGGCUUUUUAUUAUUAAUAAUAUUUUUCGUUACCUAUCAAAAAAAAAAAAGUUGAUAUUGUAAAUACAAUUCUUGUAAUACAUAAAAUUGUGAUAAUUAUGUUGCACUGAUUUGUGUCACACCCCCUAAUCAGUGUCAUUUCGCCUCUACACUUUCACCAUUGCACUUCUUGACAAACUCCAUCCGGCCAUACUCAUUUAUGAAGAUAUUAAAUUUCUGAACUCUAUUUUAAUUCCUAACCAAAAAAAAAAAAAAUCUGAAUCCCUUCCUCCUCUCAUCUCAGUUAGCUCUCCUUACAAUUUUUAUCAUCAUUGCACAGCAAGUAUGUAUUAUCAUCCUUUUGACAUUGAUGUUACAUAUAUGGCAGAUUGGGCCUCAAAUUCAUGCAUGUUUUCAACAAAAAACGCAUAUGCAUUGUAGUCUUCAUCAUAGGCAACUCGCCCUCAAGGCAACAAACCCUGGUUGGAGAAUACUUAGGUGUCAAUCCCACAUUGAAUUUCCCAGAGGCAAAAUUCAUAAGAACCAUUUGGUGCUCAUCAUUCAACUCCAAUAGAAUCGAUUCUUAGGAGGGGAUAACAGAGUUUUCAUUCCACUUAAAAGAACUUUUUGACAAUUCUGGCGAUACAAAGGAUACUCAUUGGUGCUCAUAAGGUUGUGACAACAACCAGGAAGCCUGAAGUGUUAAGAGUGAGGCAUCUAACUGCCCAAUAAUGCAAGCUCAGCAGCCUGCAAUGACAGUGCUAACAGCAUGUGCAACAUCUCAUGCAAUGCAAACACAAAGUGCCUCAUGCAGCAGCAGUCUUAGUGCAGUAAAGGCUAACUCAAUUAGAUCAGCAUGUGGAGUUAGUUCUGGUGUAACCGAAGGCCUUUAGAGCAGUUAAGUGAGUUUGUUAUGGGUUGUUUGGAGAUUAGCUAUUGUAAUUGUAGCAUGUGAUGUAAUUCAGUGUAGUUUUGAUCAAUAUUAAAUUUUGAACGAUGUAUUCUUUGGAAUUGGAGAGACUAAAACCCAAGUGAAUUCAAAAAAAUAAUCAGGUGUGUUUUUCUGUAAACAGGCAUGAAACAUAGUGUUAAAAACUUUCUAGUAUUUCCUUCUCCUCACUUGUCAGCAUGCUGCUGGGUGGAAAUAGGUGGGGACUGCUCCAACACUGCUCAAUUAUCCUUGAGAUUGGAAGAUUUUUGAAGGAUCAUACACUCCACUAUUUGUAAAGAUACGAGAGGUGGUCAGAAGUCUAAACCAGCUAGAGUUGGUGUUUCUUCGAAAAAGGCUAGUAUUACUUAUGCAUCUACAAGCAAAUAUUUGAGUCUUUAUUAUCUCUAUCCUUAUCUUGUAAUGGCUUUCGUAAAAGUCAGAUUAAGAAUCCUUGUCUUGUUUUCUUUCCAUUGGCAGAUGCAGUUAAUUAAAAUACAAAUCCUCAAUUUGCACGCAAGAUGCUACGAAUGUCAGUUUCAUCUUCUACUUCAGAAGUUCUACCACCUAAGUGGACCAUCAAUUUUUUUGUUCAUAUAAGAAUGUUGCAAGGGCUCUGUUAACUACUGAACUGUAUCCAACAUAAGAAAAUAAAUAUUUUAGAAAAAAAGAUUCUUGGCCCUUGGACAAUAGCAGGCUUUGCUAGUACAAUUGAUAAUGAAGUGAAGCAGCAAUAAGGGAUAAAAAAACUCGUCAUGAUUUUAUUUAAGUCUGAAUUGUAAUGACAACUUCAAUUACAGGAGACCAACUGUAGGCUGCAUUUUAGAAUUGGUUAUUCACAAAGACAUUCACUGUAGCUCAGUCUGUGAGAACAAUUUACACUAUUAAGGCCUAGCAUCAGUGGAUUCAUCUC